AUGGUUCAGAGGGCAGCCUUUCCCGAAGAAAUACGUCAAAUGAAGGAGUCGAACGUCCGAGGGCAAACAAGUGGUGAGAGAACCGUCACACACGAAAACAAGGCUAUGAAAAAAGCAAGCUCUCUCUAUCAACUGGAUCCAUUUCUCGACGCAAGCGGCGUCCUAAGAGUGGGCGGAAGAAUCAAACGUUCCAGCCUGUCAUAUGGUGCGAAACAUCCCAUCAUCCUUCCCAGGAAAGGACACAUCAUUGAGCUUAUCAUCUGCCAUCACCAUCAGUUAGUCAAGCAUCAAGGUCGCGGGAUAACCCAUAACGAAAUUAGGUCAGCCAGAUACUGGGUGAUUGGUGGAGGAUCCGCUGUGUCUAACCACAUUGCAAAAUGCGUGAAGCGCCGGAAGUUAAGAGGAAUUCCCCAAGAGCAGAAGAUGGCAGAUUUGCCAGAGGACCGCCUCGGACCCGCUCCUCCGUUCACAUUCUCUGCAGUAGAUUACUUCGGUCUGUGGUACGUCAAAGAUGGUCGCAGAGAAUUAAAACGCUACAGAGUACUCUUCACAUGUCUGUCUUCCAGAGCAAUCCAUCUUGAAGUCUCGAAUACCAUGACCACUGAUUCCUUCUUAAACGCUUACCGUCGAUUUGUUGGUCGUUGUGGUCCAGUACGGCAAUUACGAUCCGACCAGGGGUUGAAUUUUAUCGGCGCAAUGAACGAACUGCAGCAAGCCAUCUCCGAGAUAGACAACGAUAGGAUAAGAGAGGAGCUCCUGACAAACAACUGUGACUGGGUAGAGUUCAAAGUGAACGUUCCACAUGCAAGCUACAUGGGCGGAGUGUGGGAACGCCAGAUCAGAUCAGUGAGAAACGUAUUAGCAUCCAUACUAGAACGCCACAGAACCCAGCUUGAUGACGAGUCUUUGAGAACCUUCAUGGUAGAGGCUGAAGCAAUUGUUAAUUGCAGACCACUCACGAUAGAUACCAUCAAUUCCUCACAGUGUCCUGAGCCGCUCACUACUAACCAUCUAUUAACUAUGAAGUCGAAAGUCGUCAUGCCUCCUCCUGGUGAUUUCCAACAGGCGGAUCUUUACCUAAGCAAACGAUGGCGCCACGUCCAGUACCUCGCCAAUGAAUUCCUGAAUCGUUGGAAGAAGGAAUUCUUGCAGUCGCUGCAGCUAAGGCAAAAAUGGAUUCCAGUGCAAAGAAACUUACAAGUGGAUGACAUCGUAAUCAUUAAAGAUGAAAGUUUGCCAAGGAACCGCUGGAAACUUGGUCGCGUGGACGAAACGUAUCCCAACGAUGACGGCCUGAUCAGGAAAGUAAGAGUUGUUAUUGCCACAGAUUCCCUAGAUGACUCAGGCAGACCCACGAAACCUGUUGUCCAUCUCGAAAGGCCUGUUCAGAAAGUUAUUCUAUUGCUGCCAAGGGAUUGA